AUGAUGAACUAUAAUCUUAGAUUAAAAGUACAGCCUUGCUAUCCGAAAAAGUUAGUCGAAGAGUACAUGAAUAAAUUUUAAAUACAAGCUGAGAAGAAUAAUGCAGAUGCCUCAAAGUCAUAGGUUUCUAAAUCUCAAAUUAAAAACAAUGAGGCCUCCAGAACAUUUGAAAAUGAUUAGAAAAAAAUAGCAUUCUUCCUUUCUCAUUCUAAAAUUGUAUAAGAGGAGGACAAGAGAAAUUCAGAUAGAUUAAUUAAACGCAGAGAAAAUAUACAGAAAUAGCUUAAUGCUCAAUUAGAUGAAGCUUAAAAGUAGAUUCUAUCUGAAUUCUCUUAUUAGGUGUUUCCAAGCAAGGAUUAAAUGAAGGAAAUUAGAAAAGAGAUGAAGAAGAUGGACUCUGUUAACUCAGAGAGAAUCCUCUACAAUGUCAAGUUCAACUAAAAAGUAGAAAAAUUUAAACCUGUUAAAAUAUCUGAUGAUAUAAAGAUGUACAAGUAAAUGUACCAUGAGAGAUUUCUAUCAACUCUUAAUGAGGAUAAAGAUAGUGAUAAUGAUGAGGAAGAUGAAAGCUAUCACGAGGAUUAAGACUACUAAAAGAGUAAGGUAUAGGGUAUAAGAGAUUUUCCAAAUUUUCUUAAGUUAAAAACUGCGAGAUUUAGUUCUGGAUUAUUAAAGCCUUUAAAUAAUAGACCAACUGAGGCAAAAACUCAUAGAAAUUUAUGA